GUCACCCAAAGAGGAUUGACUGGAGUAGAGGGUCAGUUCUGGGGAUUUGAGUGACGCCAGUGGCAUUGUAGUACCUCACGCCAGACGAGGCAGGGCGCCACACGCCAUGUUGGGGUGUAUACCCCCUUAAGCCGACUCAACAAUUGCUCAGUAGUUGUUCCGCUGUCAGAGAGACUAGUCGAUGAGGGAGUUAUUCCAGUGUCUGUGGAUGUCGCUGUGGUGUUGAUGUUGACCCCUAACCGACAAAACUAAGCAUUUGUUAGUGAUUAUUUGGAGCACCGGGUGACCGCAUAGUGCAGUAGUGCCUUUGACAAUUAGUGACGAUUAAAAAAUUUGGACAAUUUUUAUAAAUAAAAUGAGGAUUGCUGUGGAAGGUUGUGCCCAUGGAGAGCUGGAGAUUAUUUAUAAUGCUCUAGAAGAAGUGGAAAGAUAUGAUGGCAAAAAAAUUGAUUUGUUAAUUUGUUGUGGAGAUUUUCAAUCAACACGAAAUCUUGGUGAUCUCGAUUCGAUGGCUGUUCCUGAUAAGUUCAAAGACAUGGGCACAUUUUACAAGUACUACUCGGGGGAGAAAAUCGCGCCAGUUCUCACACUCUUCAUCGGUGGUAAUCACGAGGCAUCCAGCUAUCUCCAGGAGUUAUCGUACGGUGGCUGGGUGGCCCCAAAAAUUUACUAUUUGGGUUACGCAAGUGUCGUGACCAUCGGUGGCCUCAGAAUAGCAGGUAUAUCCGGUAUCUAUAAAGCUCAGCAUUACUUCAAGGGCCACUUCGAGCUACCCCCAUACAACGAUUCCACAUUGCGCAGUGUCUACCACAUCAGAAACCUGGAGAUCUUCAGGUUGAAACAACUGACUGGAAAUAUCGAUAUUGUCCUCUCUCACGACUGGCCGAACGGCGUCACGAAAUUCGGUGACGAACAGGCACUGUUAAGACGAAAGAAACAUUUCAAGGACGAUAUUAAAGCUGAUCAACUGGGGAGUCCUCCCUGCAUGGAGCUAUUGACUCAUCACUAUCCAAAAUAUUGGUUCUCGGCGCAUCUUCACUGUAAAUUUGCAGCAAUUGUACGGACCGAGGACAACACAAAAUCGACUAAAUUUCUAGCACUCGAUAAAUGCUUGACGAAGAGGCCAUUCCUACAGGUUCUGGACAUCCCUCAUGACGAAUAUGUCCCCAUGGAAUUAUCGUAUGACCUUGAGUGGCUGACAAUCCUCCACCUGACCAAUCACCUAUUAUCUGUGAAGAACGGGGUGCACUACAUGCCGGGACCGGGUUGCGCAGGACGGUGGAAUUUCACACCCUCAGAGAGUGAAAAGGAGAACGUUUUGAGGAGAUUCGGUGGCUGCCUGAGGGUUCCCGAGAACUUUGAGAGGACGACGGAGGCCUACAAUCCAGAGUCCAAUCAGAAAAAUAACAAACAGUUGAAGUUCCGACUUAAUAAACAGACGUCAGAGUUCUGUGAUAAAUUGGGGGUGGAUGACCCUCCGAGUUUGCUGUUGAUUAUGAGUGGGGGAGAGGGCAGAACUGAGAGCCCCAAACAAGAUGUUUCUGGAGAUUUUGAUAAUAAUUCGACAUUCCAGGACUCGAUCGAUUACGACUCUGUUAUAAGGGAUGAGGAUGAGGGUCUUGUAGAGAGUGAGAAGGAAAAGGCUGAUGAGGAGAGGGUGGAAACUGCAGGGGAAUCUGCAGUGGAACCCGGCGUGAAGAAGUUCAAGAGACGGAAUCAAGCGAUUUAUGAGGAUACUUCCGAAGGUAUGGAGUAGGCGGGCGUGAGAAAGAUUCUCUUAGCCCAGUCUAUAAACUCGGAAGAUUUUGACCAGACAAAAUGUCCAAAUUGCCUUGAAAUGUUCAAAAUAUUUUCUGUUUCAUUUUAAAAUGGCGAAAAUUUCUCAUUGUCCUGAGAAUUCAAGAUUUGCAUUAUUUUGUUGGAUAUGUUGUCAAAACAUAACUAAAAUUGUAAGUAUUUCAUCCUAAAUAUUUAUAACUUUCACAUCGUCAACUUUCAGUUUUGUAAUUUUGACGUAAAUUUUUCCCGCGGAUAGAAUUUUUCAUUUUCCCUUCUCAGCGAACAAAUCAAAUGUCAAUGUAAAGAAUGAUUUUGUUAAUUUGUAAAUUGAAUUAAUUAGUGAUGAAUAAUCAACGAACAAGUCGUUUGUUGUUAAUUUUUCGUUUUUUUGACACUGUAAAAUAAAUUUGUACCUUUCCGCUGAUUUAUAAAUUUUUACGUGGAAUAUUGUAAAUUAUAGAGUAAAGUAGGAUUUAAGAAAAAAACUAAAACAUGAGUUUUAAAAAAUUUUAUUUAUCGACGAUCUCUUGGAACAUCUGCAAGUGAUAACAUAAAAGGAAAAAUUUUUAAUAAAAUUAUAUUUUUUAAGAUAUACAAUUGAUUUUUUAUUGAGGUUCACUCCUCAAUGGCUCUUAUGCCCGUCCAGAAUCCAGUGGAUUGAGAAUGGAACAGGUGGAUGGGAUGCCAACCCCUACCAAGAGCUCCCAGUCAAAAAUUUUCAUUACAAUAUCUAUUAUCUACUGUCUUCUAAACGAUUUAUACAAAUGAAAAAAAGUUAGAUUGUGGAAUCAAUUUUAAAUUUACCUUUGAUCUUCUCAUUUAAAAAAUCUUCAGAAAAAAAGAGCAAAAAUGGCAAUAGUACGCGGUCAUUUAGUAAAAAAUAGUCAUCAUCAAAUUGAAAUUGUGUCACAAAAACUAAUUAAUUAACCGACGAAAUAGAAAUCGAAAUUGUAAUGAAAUGUUGACUAAGAACUCAAUACCCACCAUUUAUUCUUCUGGGACUUCGAGUUCACCAGAAUUGACAUCAUCAAUGAGAUCGUGUGGUGGUCUUCCCUCAAUGGUGCAGCCCACAGAUUGGCAUGUUCCAAGGAUUUCCUUGACAGUUCCACUCAAUUGUCUUGACAUGGAGCGAGGCUUCAUUGCGCGUGCAAUAGCAAGAACAUCGUCAAAGGACAGAUUUCCACUGUGUUUGAUGUUCUUUUGCUUCUUUCUGUCACGUGGGGGCUCCUUGAGGGCUUUGAUGAUGAGAGAUGCUGCAGAUGGAACUACUGAUAUCGUAGCCUGUCUGUUUUGAAUUGUCAACUGUACUGUGAUCUUCAGACCUUUCCAGUCACUCGUGGCUUUGGCAAUGUCAUCACCAACUUUUUUGGGGGAC